AUGUCUACAAGAUACAAAGUACCAACAGUUGAAUCAAUAAUCGAAGAUUCCGAAAAUGAAUCAAGGAACGAUGUAAGGGGUACCGAACAGGAAUGCAAGUCUAGCAUAACUCAACGUCAACACCGCUCCAUCCAUAAUUCUACCAUGUCUUCUUCCCCUCCAAAAGCAAAUACUAGUAGGGAAAGAGACAGAUCGAGAAAGAUGCAUAAAUCUACUCCAAGUGGUGGCAAACAUUCUGCAACAAAAGCGAAACCUAAGAAUACAAAUGUGAAGCGCGCAAGUGGAUCAUCUUCAAAAGGAAAUGAAAUGGAGGGGCAACGCCUUCGUCAAAGGCCUGUACAACUGAACCGAGAUACAAGCUCAUCAUCGUCAUCAUCAAGUUCUUCGGAUGAAGAAGAAAAUAUUCCUAAUCACAAAUCGAUUCUUGCUGCUUCAAGGGCAAAAUUAACAUCACCAUCCAUGAUAUCGAAUUUAACUUCUUUAACCACAGCUACAAAUAAUUCUAGUAGCUCAAGUGGAAGUAAUUCGACGGUAACUCAAGCUUCUAUUACGAAACGAUCAUCUACAGGAAAGGAGGCCGAAGCUAAGGUAGAGUCUUUAUUACCAGCUGUACCAUCUCCUCCAGAUGUAUUUGCAUAUUUGCAACAAGACUCUGAUGAAGAGGGGGAAGAGAAAGGAAGGGAUGAGGAAAAGGAGAAGGAGAAGGGAAAGGAAAAGGAAAAGGAAAAGGAAAAGGAAAAGGAAAAGGAAAAGGAAAAGGAAAAGGAAAAGGAUCAUUCAUCUAAAUGGUUAUUCAAUCAUGGAAAUAAAGACUCGACUCCGGUAUCACGUCCACAGACUCCCGAAGAUCAUCCAAGUGGUCCUUCAUCAGUAUCGAGUAGUCUUCACAGUGGUGAUUUCUCUGCCCCAGAAGCAGAUGUCGACACAGAUAGGAGUACAUCACCAGAAAGAAGUGUUAAUGGUCGAGAAAAUCUACGAGUUACAACAAAUUCCAAAGAUGCAUCAAUUAAAUUAGCAUCUCGAAUGGCAGCCGCCAAUCAACGACAAAAUUAUUACGGAGCAGCUCCAUCAUUUGGACCACCAAAUACUCAUCAUCGCACAGAAAGUAAUCCAUUUUCUCCUUCUGAACUCGAAACACCCCGAAGUUCACAUCCACCCAGACAUGUUCCUUCUCAAAUUGAUCCUACUAUUACAGGUUAUGAACUUCUCGCAUCUCGUCUAUCAACAUCUUCUCAUUCCGGCUCUGAUACAGUAGUUGAAAAUCGCAUUAAACCCAUGUAUCGAAAAUUCGAAGCUUUAAACCAUCGUCUUCUCCUUCAUCUUCAAGAUGAAAUAAGCGAAUUGGAAGAACAAUUACAAAGAUUAGAUAAAGCCGAUACAGAAUCCAGAAGAUUACGACAUACUGGUAAUGGUAAUUUAGGAAUUGAUGUCACUCCUGCAUCGAGAAGAGCUAGUGAACAAAUGGGUGGUGAUUUGCAAUGGCAUAAAAUGGAUAUUUUAGGAAGGAUUGGUUAUAAAUUAGCUCAAUACAAUCAAACUCUUACCUCUUUUCACUCUCUUCAAUCACUUCCUCCUGCCUCCCAAUCAGAUAUUACACAUUAUCGAGAAUAUCUCCAAACCGCUCGUCCGAUAACCGAAAUAGAAACAAGAUUCCUAGAUCCAAAAGUCGAAGAUGAUUUAAUUUCCGUGGUAUCAGAUUCUUCAGGUCCAAGAAGUCAACAUCGUCAUCAAAUAGAUGAUCAACUCACUAUCCGUCAAAGAUAUUCAAUACCUUCAUCUUCAAUAUCAGAUAAUAGUAGUAAAGCAGAUCAUCCCGUUGAAAAAACUCCUGCGAGUACACCCCCGCAUAUUGAUUCACCUCUUCAUUCAGCAUCUUGCUUAGCGGAUAAUCAUCUCGGUAUGAAUUUGAAUUUGGAUAUGAAUGGAAAUGGAAAUGGAAAUGGAAAUCCACAUCCAGAAGAUUUCCCUACCUUGCCAGUAGCAAUCGCACUGGGUAUUCUAGUUCCUAUGGUAAUAUUCGCAACGAUCCGGUCGUUUUGGGGUAGAUUGAUGGUGCUUGUUUGUUUGAUGGGGUGGGGGUUUGUGGGUUUGUUGGUUCAGAGGGGGGUGGUGGGUGGAGGUGGAGGUGGAGGUGAUUUUGUGGGUUGUGGAGGGGGUGAGAGGGUUGAGAUGGGUGAGAGGGAUUUUCAAAAAAGAGAGGGUUUACUUUGUGUGGGUGUUUAUUUGGGUUACCUUCGUCCUCCAUUGGAUCUCUUGGGUCCUGAGAGUUUGUGGACCUUCGAUUCGUAUGGACCUACGAUUCGUAUCCCUGAAUAUGCAGGGUCCAUCACGUGA